ACGACUCUUGGUCACAUUGAAUUGUGACCGUGAUUUUUGCAAUAAAACUGAACAAAUUGCAACAAAAAGUGUACGGAUUAACGUGUUGUUUGGAAAUGCAAUUAUCCGAUGCAAUAUAACGAUCUCCAUCCGAGAUAUGUUCCCACAAAUCUGUAGAUGAAUUCGUUUGUAAUUAUUUAAGUGAAAUGUGAACAAAUUGUUUGUUUUCCCAAGUCGAACAACUGUUUGUGGGUUUGUGACAUUGUUGUGUGUGUGUGUGUGUAUGUGUGUAAGUGUGUGACGUCUGAUUGCACUUGUUAUACACUAAUACCGAUUAAAAUAUGUGUAAAAAGAAAAUAGAGUAAUAAAGAGAAAAACUCAACUGCAAAUUGAAACGCAAAAAGGAGCUAACCGAUUCGUACAGUAAACACGAACACUGUGCGUAGUAAAAAACGAAGUUUUUAAAAAGAAAAAAUGGACAAAUUCCCAUUAAAGGGCAACAGAGAAGCUGCAGCCGAAGGUAACAACUACAUCACCGCAUAUCAAACAGUCAUGAAAAAGUCCAACGGGCACAGCAUAGGAGCCGGCGAUGGUGACCAUCCGUUGGCGCCGCAUCUGCAACAAUCGUAUGCGGCAGCGACCACAUCUCUCACAGCGGCCACAGACGAUGAGGAUAUGAUCGAUAUAACACCGCGCUCCAGUCCCGGCGAACUAAUCGGUGGUGCUGGCAGUUAUCAUCGUGAAACGGUCACCGAAUCGGAUACAGAGCGUGAUUUUGUGCCCAAUCAUCGAACAAUGCACCAUCAUCAUCAUCAUCAGCAGCAUCAGCAUCAUCAACAUGUGCCAACUCAUACCGCAUUCGGCGAUCCCAUGGACGGAGCUCUUUCGUUCUAUGGCUCCUCGGACGUGCAGGAUGACAUACCGGGCAUUGGUCAGUAUGAAGAUUUCCACACCAUCGACUGGCAGCGCGAUAUUGCGCGUGAUCGCAUGCGUCAUCGUUAUAUUGUCAAGAAGCGACAGGACUCCUUUUGGGAUUUGAUAAAGGGUUCCAUUGAUGCCGGCUCGGGAUGGCUGUGCGUGCUCCUUGUGGGAAUUGCCGCUGGUUGUGUGGCUGGCAUGGUUGACAUUGGCGCCAGCUGGAUGUCGGAUCUAAAGCAUGGCAUUUGUCCACCGGCCUUUUGGUUUAAUCGCGAGCAGUGCUGCUAUCCAGCUAAGCAAUCUGUCUUCGAGGAGGGCAACUGUUCCACGUGGAAAACAUGGCCUGAGAUCUUUGGCCUCAGUCGCAAUGGUACGCUGCCGUAUAUGAUCUCGUAUACUUGGUAUAUAUUGUGGGCCCUGCUGUUUGCCUCGCUGAGUGCAUCGCUGGUGCGCAUGUUUGCGCCGUAUGCCUGCGGCUCUGGCAUACCGGAGAUCAAGACCAUCUUGUCGGGCUUCAUUAUACGUGGGUAUUUGGGUAAAUGGACAUUGCUAAUCAAAUCGGUGGGCCUGAUGCUCUCUGUUUCUGCUGGCCUGACGCUCGGCAAGGAGGGACCAAUGGUGCACAUUGCCAGUUGCAUUGGCAAUAUAUUCUCGCAUCUGUUUCCCAAAUACGGACGCAACGAGGCAAAGAAGCGUGAAAUUCUAUCGGCAGCAUCGGCGGCUGGAGUCUCAGUGGCUUUUGGUGCUCCUAUUGGCGGUGUCCUGUUCUCUCUGGAGGAGGUGUCCUACUACUUUCCACUGAAGACGCUGUGGCGUUCGUUUUUUUGUGCGCUGAUUGCCGCUUUCGUUUUGCGCUCGCUGACGCCUUUUGGCAAUGAGCAUUCCGUGCUUUUCUUUGUCGAGUACAACAAGCCUUGGAUAUUCUUUGAACUAAUUCCCUUUGUAUUUCUGGGCAUUAUGGGCGGCGUCAUCGGCACGUUCUUCAUAAAGGCAAAUUUGUGGUGGUGCCGCUACAGGAAGUUUAGCAAGCUGGGUCAAUAUCCCGUUAGCGAGGUCCUGUUCGUCACUCUGGUCACUGCCAUCAUCUGCUAUCCGAAUCCCUUCACGCGCAUGAACAUGAACGAACUGAUCUUUCUAUUGGUUAGCAAGUGCUCGCCCGGUGACCUCACCAAUCCUUUGUGUGACUAUAAACGCAUGAAUAUCAGCACAGGGGCCAGCUUCAUUGAGGUCACAGAGCCAGGUCCUGGUGUCUAUCGCUCCAUUUGGUUACUCGUUGUGACGUUUAUACUCAAACUAGCACUGACCAUAUUCACAUUUGGCAUUAAGGUGCCAUCGGGUCUGUUUAUACCGUCGCUGCUGUUGGGCGCCAUCAUGGGACGUAUCGUUGGCAUUGGUGUGGAGCAGUUCGCAUAUAGUUAUCCCAACAUCUGGUUCUUUACGGGAGAGUGUGCGGACAGCAAUUUGAUAACACCCGGCCUGUAUGCAGUUGUUGGUGCUGCGGCAGUUCUCGGAGGCGUCACACGCAUGACUGUGUCCCUUGUUGUCAUCAUGUUUGAGCUGACUGGUGGGGUGCGCUACAUUGUGCCUCUGAUGGCGGCUGCCAUGGCUUCCAAGUGGGUGGGCGAUGCCCUGGGCAGACAGGGCAUAUAUGAUGCACAUAUUGCGCUCAAUGGUUACCCGUUCCUGGACAGCAAGGAGGAGUUUGCGCACACAACGCUCGCGGCAGAUGUGAUGCAACCUAAGCGCAAUGAAACAUUAAAUGUCAUCACACAGGACUCCAUGACGGUCGAUGAUGUGGAGAAUAUGCUUAAGGAAACCGAACACAAUGGUUAUCCUGUUGUCGUUUCUAGAGAAAAUCAAUAUUUAGUUGGCUUUGUGCUGCGCAGGGAUCUUAAUUUAGCUAUUGGUAACGCAAAGCGUCUUAUCGAUGGCAUUAAUAGCAAUUCCAUAGUAUUAUUUACGUCUACGACACCCACACAAAAUCUGGGUCCGCCGCCACUAAAGCUAAAGAAGAUAUUGGACAUGGCGCCCAUAACGGUGACGGAUCAAACACCAAUGGAAACUGUCGUCGACAUGUUCCGCAAACUGGGACUGCGUCAAACGCUUGUCACACAUAAUGGUCGCUUGCUGGGUGUUAUAACGAAAAAGGAUGUACUACGUCAUGUAAAACAAAUGGAUAAUGAGGAUCCCAAUACUGUUCUCUUCAAUUAAGUUGAAUUUAUUAGCCAAUCAACAACUAGGCAGACGCCUAGUCAUUAUUAUUAUUAUAAUUAUUAUUACUUGUACUAUCGCAAAAAAACAUUAACAUUUAAUAUGAUUAAGUCCAAAAGUUGAGCAUGAGAGAAUAGUGCACAGAGAAGGUACGAUCGGAAUGUGGAGUGUGACAGAUUUAGCAAAAUUGUGUGCAGAACUACAAAAUGUGCAUAUAUAUUUAUUUAUGUGUGCAUUAAUAGACACAUUAUUAUAUAUAUACAUGAAUGUGUUGUUUCGUUAAAGUUAAUUGUAUAAUUUAAUAAUUUAAAACUAGUGCAAUUUAUGCACUUAUUCAUUUGUUUCCACAAUGUAAUUAUGUCAUCAGAUUAUAUUUUAUACUUUCUAUAUUAUAUACUUUAAUUAUACACAUUUACACUAUUUUUUAUAUAACAAUGAGUGUACGUCUCACGAAUGUGGAAUAAGUGUUUGAAAUCAGAGAGAAAAUUAAUUUCUUUAUGUCAACCAAUAUCCAAGGGAAUCACGCAAUUUUUAAUGCUGACGGCACAGGCAAUACCUUCGUAUGAAUGAAAGGUUUUACUUCAAAUAUAUUAAAAAGAAUGGACUUUAAGUUGUGCAUUUUGUUCAAAAUUCUUAAAGAAAUUCUUAUAUAUAUUAUAUGAAAACAUAUAUACAGAUAUUGUGUUUUGUUAUGUAUCAGUAAAAUUUGAAUCUAAACUCUUGUAAAUAGCAAACAUUGAAUGAUGAUAAAAAACAUUAAUAAACUAAGCGCAUCUCUUAAAAAAAAA